GCCGUUUGCGAAAAUGACAAUUUAAAUUGAUUUAACAAUGUUGGUCGAGUGUGUUAUAUUUGGGUUGGGUCACUAGCCCAAAAUCAAACCCUCUUAUAGAUUAGUGAGUAGUCCGCUUCCCACAUUUCUCCCUUCCCCAGGGUCCAAUCCAGCGCAUCAGUAUUUUACAGUUGCGACUUCUAACUCGUAGGGUCGUCUUCUUCCCUCCUAUUUCCAAUCCUUCUCUCGCACAUGAGAUCUUGGAUCUGAGAAAACCUUACACCACAGUGAACACAGGCCACUGGGCGUUCGUUUCUUCAACUCAUAUCCACUCUUAGCUUGUGAACAUCUUCGCUUCCUUCGCCUUCUUCUCCGAUCCGAUCUCCCGCAAGGUUCGUUUCGUCUAUUUCUCUUCCCCAAUUCCCUGGAUCUGUUUGUAUUUUCGGUAAUUCCUCGGUACGCAUUGCUGUUUCUGCGCAUUUUGUUUGGUUGCUUGGUAUACGAGAUGAUGGAUUUGGAUUUUGAAUUGGAUUGUCGGGGGUGCAAUCUUUUUGGGAGGAGAAACGUUUUAUCUUAUGGGAAUUCAGUGUCGAACGCCGUUGCUCGGGUGUUUUCUAAUGGCUGUUAUUGGGGAGUAAGCGCAGUGAUCUGUGUGGUUUGAAUUCUCCGGCGUGAUCUGUUAACAUGUUACUUCAGAAGGGCGCAUUCCAGUUCUUUUCUUAUAAGCAAUAGUGAAUUUCUUCCUCGGAGCUGAUUCUAUUCAGUCCUAUGUUAGGCUUCUGCUUCUGAAUUCAAAGGUUUAUAGAUUUGAAUGGUUUAGCAAAACUGAAAGGGCUUGAUGUUGCUUGGUAAUUGUAGUAUAUUGAUAUACUCAGUGAGUAUAAUGAGUAUUUGGUCUAUAAAAACUUCUGUUGUUACAUGACUUUGUAUAGUAUUUGCAUCCAUACUGUUUCUGUGAUUCUUGAGAGCAUUUCUCAUGAUGCUCUCGAUUUGGUUAAGCUAACAUGGGUUUUCUGGAAUUAACCAGAGAGGAAGUGCGAGAUGGAGAAAUCGUGUUCUCUGCUUGUGCACUUUGACAAAGGGACUCCAGCAAUUGCAAAUGAGAUUAAGGAAGCCUUGGAAGGCAAUGAUGUUACAGCAAAAGUGGACGCCAUGAAGAAAGCAAUCAGCCUUCUAUUGAAUGGAGAAACCCUACCCCAGCUUUUCAUCACGAUCCUCAGAUAUGUUUUGCCUUCUGAGGAUCACACGAUCCAAAAGCUCCUCCUUUUAUACUUGGAGAUUAUCGAUAAAAAAGAUGCUUCUGGGAAGCUUCUGCCGGAGAUGAUCCUGAUCUGCCAAAAUUUGAGGAACAAUCUUCAACACCCAAAUGAAUAUAUCCGUGGGGUCACUUUGAGGUUUCUGUGCCGCCUCAACGAGACAGAAAUUAUCGAGCCGUUGAUCCCUUCGGUAUUGCAAAAUCUGGAGCAUAGACAUCCAUUUAUAAGAAGGAAUGCUAUCUUCACCGUGAUGUCUAUUUAUAAGCUUCCCCAGGGUGAUCAGCUUUUGGUUGAUGCUCCUGAAAUGAUUGAAAAGGUUCUUUCAUCAGAGCACGAUCCAUCAGCUAAACGUAAUGCAUUCCUCAUGCUCUUUACCUGUGACCAGGAUCGAGCUGUUAAGUAUCUAUUUGAACACAUUGAUAAGAUCUCUGAAUGGGCUGAGCAGCUUCAGAUGGUUGUUUUGGAGUUGAUUCGUAAAGUUUGUAGAACAAAUAGAUUGGAGAAGGGGAAAUACAUAAAGAUAAUCAUAUCUUUGUUGAAUGCCACUUCCAGUGCAGUGGUUUAUGAGUGUGCUGGAACACUUGUCUCUCUAUCAUCUGCACCUACUGCAAUUAAAGCUGCUGCCAACACAUAUGGCCAGCUCCUUCUAUCUCAGAGCGACAACAACGUCAAGCUUAUUGUUCUUGAUCGACUGAGUGAGCUCAAAUCUUCUCACAGGGAAAUUAUGGUUGAUAUGGUCAUGGAUGUACUUAGGGCUCUCUCUAGCCCCAAUGUUGAUAUACGCCGUAAGACCCUUGAUAUUAUCCUUGACUUGAUAACCCCCAGGAAUGUUAAUGAAGUUGUUCUCAUGUUGAAGAAGGAAGUUGUGAAGACCCAGAGUGGAGAGCUUGAGAAGAAUGGUGAAUACAGGCAGAUGCUCAUCCAAGCCAUCCAUUCUUGUGCUAUUAAGUUCCCAGAGGUUGCAAGCACGGUGGUUCAUCUUUUGAUGGAUUUCCUAGGAGAUAGCAAUGUUGCUUCAGCUGUUGAUGUGGUUGUUUUUGUCAGAGAGAUCAUUGAGACUAACCCAAAACUGAGAGUUUCAAUAAUAACAAGGCUCUUGGAUACUUUCUACCAGAUCCGAGCUGCUAGGGUAUGUGUUUGUGCUCUGUGGAUCAUAGGUGAGUAUUGUCUUUCUCUUUCCGAAGUUGAGAGCGGUUUAGCAACCAUCAAGCAGUGUCUCGGAGAACUGCCCUUCUUCUCUGUUUCUGAAGAAGGGGAAGUUUCUGAUGGUUCCAAGAAGCCUCCACAAGCUAAUUCCAUCACAGUGUCUUCAAGAAGGCCUGCUAUCCUUGCUGAUGGGACUUAUGCGACACAGAAUGCUGCCUCUGAAACUGCCUUUUCCCCUCCUACUAUUGUUCAGGGUUCAUUGUCCUCUGGAAAUCUGAGAUCACUUCUUCUCACUGGUGAUUUUUUUCUUGGAGCAGUUGUGGCUUGCACUCUAACGAAAUUAGUGCUGCGAUUGGAAGAGGUCCAAUCUUCUAAGUUGGAGGUGAAUAAAGCAUCUACACAGGCUUUGUUGAUUAUGGUCUCGAUGCUACAAUUGGGACAAUCUUCUGUUCUUCCGCACCCAAUUGAUAGUGAUUCGUAUGAUAGGAUGCUUCUCUGCAUAAGGUUGCUGUGCAAUACUGGUGAUGACAUCCGGAAAAUAUGGUUGAAGUCAUGCCGUCAAAGUUUUAUGAAAAUGCUUUCAGAGAAGCAGUUGAGAGAGACUGAGGAAUUGAAGGCAAAGGCUCAGGUUUCUCAUGCCCAACCAGAUGAUCUGAUUGACUUCUACCAUUUGAAGAGCCGGAAGGGCAUGAGUCAGCUGGAGUUGGAAGAUGAAGUUCAAGACGAUUUGAAACGUGCAACUGGGGAGUUUAUCAAGGAUGGCAAUGAUGCAAACAAGCUUAACCGCAUCCUUCAACUCACUGGAUUUAGUGACCCUGUGUAUGCUGAAGCAUAUGUGACAGUUCAUCACUAUGAUAUUGUACUUGAUGUCACUGUCAUCAACAGGACAAAGGAAACUCUCCAAAACUUAUGCUUGGAGUUGGCCACCAUGGGUGAUCUUAAACUAGUCGAGCGCCCUCAGAAUUAUGCAUUGGCUCCAGAAUCAAGCAAACAGAUUAAGGCUAACAUCAAAGUCUCUUCAACUGAGACUGGAGUGAUAUUUGGUAACAUUGUUUAUGAGACAUCAAAUGUGCUCGAAAGAAAUGUUGUCGUCCUCAAUGAUAUCCACAUCGAUAUCAUGGAUUACAUUUCUCCUGCGUAUUGUACCGAUUCAGCAUUUAGAACAAUGUGGGCAGAGUUUGAAUGGGAGAACAAGGUUGCUGUUAACACAACAAUUCAGAAUGAGAAGGAAUUCCUGGACCAUAUCAUUACCUCAACAAACAUGAAGUGCCUCACUGCACCGUCUGCACUGGAUGGAGAGUGUGGAUUCCUAGCAGCCAACUUGUACGCCAAGAGCGUGUUUGGCGAGGACGCAUUGGUAAACGUGAGUCUCGAGAAGCAGGGAGAUGGGAAGCUCAGCGGGUACAUUAGGAUACGUAGCAAGACCCAGGGAAUCGCACUCAGCCUGGGCGAUAAAAUCACUCUAAAGCAGAAGGGUGGUAGUUGAUGUGGAUGAAUCAUGUCUUUUUGUAUCAAAAUUAUACAGGUGAACUCUCUAAUACCCCCAUCAGUUACCUCUUGCUAAUUACCAAGCGAUCUCUUUAUCCGAAGUCCUUUUUCGAGCGACGAGCAUGAAUUCGUGUGUUUCAGGUAACUUGGGGGUUAUUUCAAGCUGGAAGAUUGUCUCUGCGCGAUAUUUUGUUGUUUCUCAUUUGUAUGUAAUUUGAGGGGUAGCGGGUUUCUUUGUUUUUGGAGCCUGUGUACGGGUCAGGCAAAGUUGUUGAACAUUGGGGGCUUAGAAUUUGCGGCAUUUUUUCAUGUUGAAACUUCAAACAGAGAGUACCAUUUUCUUGUUUGCGUUUGGUUAAUCUUUCUUGUUAGUGUAUUAAAAUUAAGCUAGCUUUGUAGUUCAAUUACGGGCGAAUCCAUUCGAUAAUUCUUUGGCAGUUGAUCUUGAUGAGCUGUGGUUACCCUGGUUGCUAAUGUAUCAUCAAACAAGAAAACCAGAGAGCAGAGACCACUGGAGCUCGAACUUGAGGAAGCCGAAGAGCAUAUCGACCAGCUAAAUGUUCGUCCGACGCCCAAACCAGUCUCUACCUCACCGUUGCAAGAGAAUCGCAUUGCAAAUGUGUCGUGUUCGUCCUAUGAAUCUUUAGCACAGAAUCGAAGAGAGGCCAAAUAAGCAAAAUAUCAUAUUCCAUUCUUCCAAAGAACUAGGAAACAAUUCCGGAGCUCGAACGUAAUUCGAUUUAGAGCAGACCAGAAUGAGCACGACUAGUCUGAAUCAAUCCACAACUCGAAU